UGAAGAACCACCACCACCGCCACCACCGCCACCACCACCACCACCAUGGCUUCCUCUGACGUCAACAGCACGGCGGGCAAAGUUUUCUUCCCAGACUACGAUUAUGACUUCAACGACUCUCAGUGUCUCGUCAACGGCUCCAUAUCUGCAGAAAUGUGCCCCGAGUUUGAGUUCCCGAUGUUCCGACACUCCCUGCAGGUGACGAUCCUCUACUGUGUCUCCUACGUGCUGGUGUCGCUCAUGGGCGUGGUGGGGAAUAGUUUCGUGGUGGCUGUGGUGAUGAGAGCCCCACGCAUGCGCACCGUCACGAAUGUCUUCAUCGCUAACUUGGCUGUUGCUGAUCUUCUCGUCAACAUCAUCGUUCUGCCCACCACGCUGAUUGGACACCUGCUCAAUGCCUGGGUGCUCGGCCUCUUCGUGUGUAAGGCCAUGUCGUAUUUGCAAGGCGUAAGCGUCUCCGCCUCAAUCAACACACUGGUGGCGAUCUCCGUGGACCGCGCCCUGGCUAUUUGCUACCCGAUGCGCUGCCAGAUCACCUCUCGCACCUGCCGCAGCAUCAUCCUUGUCAUCUGGGUGUUCUCCCUGACCAUCACCCUCCCCUGGGCCAUUUACUUCACCCUGGAGCCCAUACCCAAGACGGACCUGAGCGUGUGCACGGACAGGUGGCCAGAUGAGCACAGCGGCAAUUUGUACUUCGUGCUGGCCAACCUGGUGAUGUGUUACCUGCUGCCCCUCACCGUCAUCUCUAUCUGUUACAUCCUCAUAUGGCGCAAGGUGUGGCGCCGCAAGCUUCCCGGUGAGAGGCAGGACGUGGGCGUGGCCAUGAUGAUGCACCGCUCCAAGAUUAAAGUGAUCAAGAUGUUGCUGGUCGUGGUCAUCCUCUUUGCUCUCUCCUGGCUGCCCCUCUAUGUUAUCUUUGCCAGGCUCAAGCUGGGCGUCGCUCUCACGGAUAUGGAGAAUAAUUUCAUACAUAUCUUGGCCCCGAUCGCACAGUGGCUUGGGGCGUCCAAUUCGUGCAUCAACCCCAUUCUCUACGCCUUCUUCAACGACAAGUUCCGUGCGGGAUUCAAGGCCAUCUUGGUAUCCCACUCCUGCUGCUCGCCACUACGCCUGGAGACCAACUGCAAGUCCUUCACGUCCGUCAAGACCCCCAACCCGUGCUCCCUCGAGUCCAAGGCGUCUUCUGAGUUUUCCGUGUACUCAAGUUCCUCCGGAUCUGCCGAGACACGUAGAAAGUCUGUGCUUGUACAGAUCCCUUUGGACAGCCACAGCGCCAGGACAGUCUUGGCCGCCACUCCCUCGGAGAAGAGGCGGUGCGUGGCCACCUCCUCGUUGCUGUACCACCACCCCUCCAGCAGCCCCACCGCCACCACCGCCGCCACCACCAAGCGUCGUUCUACCUCUUCUACCAAACCAAGGCUCCUGUACCGCCAAUGCAUCAUCAAUAACCUCACCAACGGAGGUGCCACUGCUUCCACCACCACCACCGCCAUGACUACCACAAAGCCAACGGAGUCCACCACCACCACCACCACGACCACCACCACCACCCCUUCCAUCGACGCAGCCUCUGCCACACAGACCAACGGGUGUAGCACCUUAGUAUGAGGCGCUGCAUUCUUACCUUAAUUACGCUUCCAUUCCAAAGUAUUAGUUUCAUUUAUCAAUCACUGUAGCUUGCCAGUCGCCCCAACAGUGCUGAUGCUCGUGAAGGUAAAAAGUUUUGGUUCGGUCCACAAUGAUAUAGCGAGGGAUGAAGUUAAGAAUCAUUUGUGAUAGUGAACCUUCAGUUUACUUGACACACUAGGCGGCGAGGUACUACUGUGAACGCUUGAGAUGGCACUCAUAGCGUUCUAGUGUAGGAGUGUCGGGGGCCGCCACAUUGCCGCCUCCGGGGAAGAUAGCCCACUCAUCUGAACCAACGCGAAGGCAGAGGAGGAGGAGCUCCGUAAAGAAAAUGCACUGAAUUGUUUUCCGAAAGACUUCAUCUUCCUCACCUUUUCUUCAUAAUUUUGCUCCCUUAAGAGAACUUUGUCCUGUGUAUAGACAUUACAAACCUCAUAAAUUCCAUCGUAUAUACUUGAUCAGUGCAUAUUUGAACGUGUUCUCAGUUAUAUACUUUCAAUGAAGAUUGAUAGGCAUGGAUGAAAGACACUUACUUUGACUUGUGUUUACUCAUCGGUAUGACCUUGUUAGGUGGUAAAGUAUACCAUCCUGAGCUUCGCGGUGUGGGUACUUGAGAGGAGAGCAUCACUUUUUUUCCACCUUACGUCCUUAAGUCCUCUCGUUUAAGGCUUCCUAAUAAAUGAAAUUAAGAAUGACAGGGGAACUAAUAAAUUCAAGUCGGGUUCACUCAUUAUUGUGCAUCAGGAGCUUUCGCGAUACAUUAUCAGCGUGUAUCCUACGUGUCGUGUUGUGUCCUACUAAGGUCUCUGUUACCUUUCGGCACUUCCUUUGAAUCACGGAAAAUAUCGUUGAAAGAGAUCGUAUGGUGAGUGUGAACCGCUUGGAGAAAUACGUUUGGAGAUGCCUGCCGGAGAAUCAGCGCCUCUCUUCCAGGUCCUGUCAGAGUUAUUGUCAUGUAUUACCUUUGCUUCUGAUGCGCCUCAAGUGUCCAGUGUGCCUUCCAGGUAUUAACACAUGUUUUUCUGGAUCAAGAUAACCGCUUUGCUGAUGUCAUAAGCUGCGGCCUUACAGCGCUGGGUUGUUGGGUGGCCCGGCAUUUGUUGGCCUCCGUGGCGUGUCCAAUGCGCAUAGAAUUCCGGUGGCGUGUAUUUGUUGUUUCCGGAAUAACAAUGACGAUUCCCAUGAAACCUAAACAGAUUAGGAUGACAUAAACGUAAAUUGGGAAGGGUGUGUUCGGGUGGCACGUGAGGCUUGCAGUGUUUGCCGUGGUGGAGGCUUAGUGACAGGCCUGCAGUUGUGCUGUAUAUGCUGUUAUUACUCACAAUAUUGUAUUUGUGAAUGCUGGGGAUGAGGAACACGUGGCGUUACCAGAUCAUAACCUGAUGCGGCUCUGAAGCUCCAUAAUGCUAUGACAGGACUACUGCAUGACCGACUGCAUUCUUGUUGUCCAUGCCGCUGAUGAUGUCUGUCUGAUGACACCACUUACUCUUGUUUGUCUCUUGUGAAGAAAGACUUUAUGUUUUACGAGCCGAGAAACUAUGUCGUGUGUCCACGCUGUAAUUCGUGUGUCCCGAGUACGCAUCGCCCGUGCAGGGCUCGUGCUAUGGCUUGUGUUGGCACCCCUGGCUUGGGGGAGGCCAGGGCUGCCAACAUACCUUGAAACAAGAAUGUUAUGUUUUGUGUUGUGUUGUGUUGAUUUGAGAGUUGGUGAACACAAUCACACGAUUACUCACGGUCAUGAACAACAGUAACCAGACAUCAAAGUACAAAGCGCACACCGACAUACAGACAGUACGAUACAUUAUUCAUUCACGCGUGUAUACAAACUACAAACGUCCACAUGUGUGUAAGUACUGUUCGCACGUACGUAUACCAGACAACUAAAUUAACAAACACCUGAUAUUGAAGGCACAGUUUCGAUUUCAAAAGAUAACAUUCAACACGCAAAUGACAACACGUGCACAAAUGACUCAUAAACCCUAUGUAAUACCAGCAAGAACACACACACACACACACACACACACACACAGUGACUACUCGUUAAUUCCUCUGCGAGUGAAAAAAAAUACAUAAAAUUUUAUCUAAUCGAGCAACAGCAGGUCUUUAUGAACGAUAUGAUGAGAUGAGGCGGUAUGUGUUUACAGCAGUCUGUUUUGCCAUCGACUAACCUAUAUACACACACACACACACACACACACACAUUCCUAUACGUUUUCUGUUAUAUCCCUAUUAAUGAUAAAAUAUGGAUACUGUUGGUAACUGAGUAAGUGUGAAUCUGUGUGUGUGUGUGUGUGUGUGUGUGUGUGUGUGUGUGUGACAAACAUUUAUUUCAGAAAAUAUGUAUCCAGACCUAAAGUUGUGUAUCCUCGUGUUUGUGUUUGGGCUCUACAUGGAUAAAGGGUAUGUAAGUGAGAGAGAGAGAGAGAGAGAGAGAGAGAUCGUAGAUAAAUAUACGUAAAUACGAAAUAUUUACUAGCUGUUUACAUCCAUGGUGCCAAUGGCGAUGCUUUGACUGUGCUUAAUAAAAGAUAAAACACUGA